AUGAUGCUGUCUUGGACUAUCAGUAAUGAUGAUAACCUAUAUCCUGUUCUCUACUCUCCUCCUAGGCACUAUACUCUGGACUUCCUACGCUCAUUGAGGGAUCUACCUGAAUGCCAAGAAUUGCCUAAGGACCAUAACAUACCUACACAGAUCCUUAAGAACUCUAGGAUGGGCCAUAUGAAAAAGGGUGGUGAGGAUGAUGAUGGUAUGGAUUGGCGUAGAGAUGCAGAUAAGCAUAGGUCAAUGAGACAUAAGGACGGUCGCCGCAAAGGUGGCAAGUCUGGUCGCCAUGGUGGUGAUAGACGUCCUACUCCGGACCCCAACGAGUAUGUCGAACCACUUCAACAUUCGGAGAGCUCGUGGGCUACUCAACAGAAGCUGAAACUAGAGGCAGGGUCCCGUAGCCAAUCUGGUGAUGAGAAGGUGGAACGACAUAUUAUCGGCAUCCUUAACAAGUUGACUGUGGAGAAGUUCGAGAAGCUUGUG